AAAAGUGAAUGAAAAACUUUUAAAGAAUGGCGACUCAUGAAAACGGUGAAUUAGAUCUGUCAGGCGAGGUUCUAAAAACAUUAAGUGACAUAUGUAUGAAGGAUGUACAUUCUGAUGUGACACUCAUUGUUGAAAGCACAAAAAUACCAGCUCAUAAAACCAUUUUAUCAGCCCGAAGUCCGUACUUUCAAACUUUAUUCAAUGGUGAUUUUACAGAAGCAUCCAAGGACGAGAUCGAAUUAAAAGUUCCAUUCGAUGCAUUCAAAGAGAUUUUGAAGUACAUUUAUGUUGGACGUUUAUCACUUAUCAACUUGGAAACUGAGCUAAUCAUAGAUAUGUGUAAAUUGGCGGAAAUGUAUAACUUUGAUGCACUAAACAUGGCAAUGUCAAAGUAUGUGUUAGACAACAUAUCGAUAAACGAUUGUAUUUCAACUCUAAACACAGCUUGUUUAUACUCAAUGGAUAAAUUACAAACUGAAUGCUUGAAAUUUAUGGACUGUAAUUCCAUCGAAUUACUGAAACAUGAAGCAUUCAAGACAUUAUCUGAAACUUCCCUGUGUAUUUUAUUGAAGCGGGAUACAUUUUAUGCACCGGAAAUUGAGAUUUUCCAAGCGAUCCAGAGUUGGUUGAUACAUAAUCCAGAUGCUGACGCAAAAGAAGCAUUUUCAUUAGUACGUUUGUCAUUGAUGACUUCGGAAGAUCUACUGAGUACAGUUUUGGCAAGCAAUAUUUUGGAAAAAUCUCUACUUUUAAAUGUGAUGAAGGAUUCCAGAAGCGCGGUACCACGCAUUCCAUAUAUGAGAGAAAAUUCUGAAAGAGACCUUGCUACUUUAAAUAUAGCAACAGCUAAAAAUGGUGCAAAAGUUAUUUGCGGUGAAAAUCCAGAAGCUUUAUUAAAUGGAAAUUUCACGAAUUAUGACUUUGAUUGUGGUAGCACAUAUCAUGUAAUUAACCCGACCAUAUUUGCAAGUCCAUACGAAUAUGCAAGAAAAUUUAGUCGUCAUAUAAUUGUGGAUCUUGGAAAUGUCAAUGUCAUUAAUUUCAUGCGAAUUUUAUUAUUCGACAAAGACACCCGCAUGUACUCAUAUAGGGUUGAUACAUCUAUCGAUGGUGUUCAAUAUAAUCCACUGAUUGAUUACAAAGAAAAUUAUUGUCGAUCCUGGCGAAGUUUGUAUUUUUCACCGCAACCCGUUCAAUUCAUAAGGUUAGUUGGAAAUUACGCUAUUGGCACUACACACUCGCGAGAAGGUUAUACGGAGGGGUUUUUUGCUGAUGGAGAGGGUGGAUGGGAAGAAUUUGGA